ACACAGUCUCACUGAGUUAGUAGACAUGGAGGAUGGGAAGCCUGAUCUGCUGCUAGUCAAAGAGGAGACAAUAGAAGAUGAACCAGAGAGCAUUAACCUGCUGAGUGGACUAAAUAUGGGGGAGCAAGGUGGUUGGUUGAAGGCUAAUAGAGGAGACUGGGCGGCCAGCUUGCAUUCCCAGACCGGUGCAGCCAAGAGCCCAGGGGACGACAUCACUGAGCAGGUUAGGACCAGAGGCGACAUUGUGGAGUCUGCAGUCGAAGAAGACCUGCUGAUAUCCAGUGUUACUGGUGGGAGAGAGUGGACCUCUGAAGCGGCUGAUCACAAACCCUGGCCCCGGAUCAGGAUCCUGGACCAGGAGCCUUCGCUCUUCCUUUCUGAGUCGGAACCAGGACCCAAACGCGAGGUUAAGAGACUCCACCACCACACAGAACACAACCAGUGGACAGGUGGACUGAACAAUCUCAGCCCUGGUGGUCAUCAGAGUGACAGAGGCUCCAGUCAGGGAUCCAGUCUGCAGCCCAGACCCUUCUCUUCCCAGUCUCAGUGCAGGGAUGGAGCAGGUCCUGGGGCUGAUAGAGAUCGACCCUCCUGUUCCUAUGAUACAAACACCACAGUAUCCAUGAUGAACAGAGCAGGUCACCCUGGGCUUCAGCCUUCACAGAGAGUGGUGGGAAACCCCCCUGGCGGUAGUCUAUCAGGAAGUCUGUCUUCUUCAGGGUCUCAUCUAAUGCCUGGUGACUGGGUUCAUAGAAGGCCUGGACCUGGGUCUAGUCUUCCUCAGCUGCCUCAUGGUAACCCCACGAAUACAGACAGGGUCAGGAUUAGCGUUCACCAUGAGAGGUACCUAGCCUAUAACACAGCACACAAUCCCAACAACACCCAAACAAUGGCUAGAGGUCAAGGAGGUAGCUCUAAAUUGGCUCCUACUUCUACCUCAUCUGGUGUCAUUGGGUCACAACGUGGGAGGCCGAGCAUUAAGACGGACGCAGACAAGCCGUACGCCUGCCCCACGUGUGGGAAGCGCUUCGCUCAUGCAAACUAUGUGAAGCAGCACCAGACUGUUCACACCAAGGAGAGGCCCUUCAUGUGCAAGCUGUGUUACAAGAGCUUCUCCUUCCAGAGUAACCUUAUCAAACAUAGGAGUGUCCACAAUGGGGAGAAAUCAUAGUAGUGUGGCUUGAGAUGUACACAGGAUAUCUGGGAACCAUUAUUUAGCUGAAAUAGUUAUCAUGUGAAGUGUCUUGGGCUAUGAGGGUUUUUUGGAUUACUAAGUCCCUCAGCGCUAUUCAAUGUCAGUCCUGGAGGGCCAAAACCCUUCUGGUUUUCAUCCUCUCCUAAUAAGGGACUAAUUCAGACCUAGAACACCAGGUGAGUGCAAUUAACUACCAGGAUUGAACAAUAGUUUUGUACAAAAAAAUAGGUGAGCAAAUCUGUUAAUAAAUGAGAAAUCAUGUUGUCCUUU